AAGCCACCACCAGGUACCCCACCAAAAAAGAGACGUAAGAACAAUCAGUUGAUACCGAGAACAGAUAUUGAGGAUAUGGCUGCCAAUAGUUACUUUUAUGGAAAAUCUUUGCCGAAAUUCGUUAGCGUCCGAACUUAUCAUCGCAUGGCGCAUCGUUUCGUGUUGACGAAGGAUAUCGAAGGACUGAAAAAAGUAGCAGCCGAUAAGGCACACUUCGACGGCAAUUCUCUUAUACGACCGUAUUCAUGUGCGAGUAAUCUAACACCACAAGCUGAAGCCGUCUUAACUGAAGAUCUUGAAUUCAUUGACAAAGUUUUCGAGCUAAGCGAUCGCUUACAGUCGAACAUAGACUUUUCUUCGGGUCGUGCUCCUCCAGAACGUGUUCUUCUCAAAACGGUGUCGACUGGUGAGCAAAAUCAGUAUAUGCUGGGACAUGCCACAGCAAAAAUUGAGAUGACGCGUGGUGGACGUGAAGGCAAUAAUGCUUUAUUGAAUCACGAUGCUGAUAAAUACUUCGCGUUGGGAACUCAAGUGAAGACUUUAAUAGAGAAGAAUGUUUCAUUCCGGACAUUGGAGUACAUUGCGAGCCAUAAGUAUUCAUCAGGCGUUGUAGGUGUUGCUCAAGUUNUCAGCGUGAUUGAUUUUCUCUUAUUGCUUGCGGUUCAUGUCGCUAAUACGGGUGUCUUACAUACGGUUUUCUGCGAAACAAGCGCUUCGAAAGUCACACCAAAAUGGGUGUUUGUGUAUGUUGGAUACUACCGUGACUUAAUAACUGUCGCAGUGCGAUUUGGCAAUAGGAAGCUGGCUGGACAUCUGAUUAAGACGUAUUCGCAAUAUUCGUUCAAUGAAUUACACAUUGAAACACUUCUCAACGAUGAUCAGCCCUUAACGAAAUUCAAACCUAUAUCGACCGUGAAGAAGGCGCAAACAAAUGACUCAAUCACACCGAUACAUACGGCAGCUAUAAAUCCGAAUGCUUCCUAUUUGGAGGAGAUUCUUUCAGUGUUUAGACAAAACUUUGAUCUUCCGGAUCGAUGCAAUUGGUAUCCAAUCCAUUAUGCGGCUGUUUGUGAAGGAAGUGGUCCGUUGAAGUUACUUCUUGAACGGAAUACACCAGUCACAUUCCUGACUAAGUACAAUGAAUUACCACUGCAUUGUGCUGCACGAGCGGGCAGAGCCGACAAUGUUAAGAUUCUGCUCGAAGCAAUCCAUAAUAAUCAGCAGCAACAAGUGGCUAAUCAGUUAGCUUCUCGACCGGAGACCGCUGAAUCUCGACAAGAAUAUGCCGAAUUGGAGCAGUAUCUUCACGGAUCUGGGAGGGGGCGGCAUUCAAACAAGCAAAAAGCGCCACGGACAGUGAAAUUGAAAGGAAAAGCCUCAAUGGUGAACGCGAAAAAUAAGAAGGGACUCAGUGCUUUACAUAUAGCUGCUGAAAGAGGACAUCAAGAAGUAGUUGAAGUGUUAUUAUCGGAUCCUGACACCAAAGUGAACCUGCAAACGUCAGCUGCAGGAGGUAGCGUAACAGCGCUAAUGAUUGCCUGCCGAAUGGGAUUUCGGAGUAUUGCGGACGUGCUAAUCGACGACGGUGGUGCGAUGGUUGAAAAGGGCGAUAAAUUCAAGCGAACGGCUUUGACACAUGCCAUUAUCUGUGGACAGAAUCAUAUUGUCGCAAUGCUGCUUAGACGUGGUGCUUCACCUUGUGAAGCCGAUAGUUCGGGUAAUACUCCAGCUCAUUAUGCGGCCGCUUAUGGAUGGUUGGACUGUCUAGAAAUGUUAGCAAAAGUGGAUGCGUCCUGUCUGGGUAAGAAUAACGAUUGGCAUCUGACGCCACUUGCUGUAGCAUAUUUGAAAGGUUUGUUGAAUCUUAUCUCAAAAUACAUAAGAGUGGUUCGUUGUAUCAUGGUAUAUCAGAAUGUAGAGAGUUGCUUCUUGUUAGGUCAUUUGGGCAUUGUCGACUGGCUUAUUGAUGGCCCAUAUUGCGGUCAGGUUAGCGUGAACUGUUGUGAUCAAAACGGUACAUCGUUGCUUUCGUCUGUUAUCGAUGGCUAUUCGGAAAUCUCGUCGAAGGAUAUCCUCAAGCAAAUAAGCUAUCUUAUCGCAAAAGGUGCCGAUUGCUCACUAAAAGAUACAGCAAUGAACAGUGCAUUGCAUGUGUUCGCAGGCAAAAUUGCAAUUCUGAAGAUCACUGGAAAUACGAGAACAGAUUUUGAUGUGCAAUCUAACGAAGCACGUCUGACAAAAGAAGAAUACUUGAGGUGUGUGGACUUACUUCUUGAAAACGGCGCACGAAUAUUCGACAGAAAUGAGCCUGGGUUGGAUGCGUUCAAUUUGGCACUGAAGGCGAAUAAUCUUCUCUUGACCGAAUAUUUGCUCGAUAAAAUGUUCAACGAAGGCCUUGAUAUGAGUGCGCUAUGCGAUGAGACCACAUCGAAUUCCGAUAAAUGCGGCAAUAUACUUCAUUCUUUGAUCAAACUCCCAUUCAGAGUUAUGAAAGAACCACAGAGAUGGGCGGGUAGAUGUGGCCCGUCCGGUGGACAGUACAACAUUAUACCGUUGCUGAAACGUUUCAUCUCGAUAGAUUCCGCCCAAAUGGUCACUUGGCUCAAUGAGAAGAACAAUAAGGGUCUUACUCCCGUCACACUCCUGUGUAAACUGUACACGGAAGUCAGCGUUAACGUUUACAUGUAUAACGCUGAACAUAAUGAACAUAAAACUUGUUAUGUUAGUUAUUCUUUGAUUGUCAUCCUUAUAACCACCAUUAUCAUUCGUGCUGUUAAUUGCGAGCAAUUUCUGUACACAAUGUGUGCAGUUCUAAGAACGCUCGUUUCUUUGGACAGCCGUGUCUUACUGCAUUCACUGGGUGAAUCAUCUGCGGAUGAGACGAAACAAGAUAAUAGUGAACUUCUGAGACAAAGGAAUAAUAAUGAUGAAACACCACUGCUGCAUACGGUUAUGCAAGGAGAUGUGGAAACGAGUUUGUAUUUAAUGCGACAGGGAGUAUAUCUCGACAACGAUAAGAUAGAACGACAGUGGAGCCUAAACACUUAUGUGCCGCUCAAGAAAUCUGUCAUGAUAUGUGCGUUGGAAAAAAGGCUCUUUGUGAUUCUUCGCGAACUGAAUUUGAGCCGUGAACAGUGGAAUUCAUGUACAGCAGAUGGCAAUAACGCUUUCCACUACGCUGCUCGAAUGCAGUCGGCAGAAUCAAUUGAAUAUUUUGAGUUUUUGAAGGGGAAAGGUGUUGAAUUGAAGCCAAAUGAUAGAGGCAUAUACCCGUUGCACAUCGCCGUCGAUGCGGUGCGAGGCCAAGGAUCUGAUGUGCUAACCGAACCUUUGGAAUGGUUCAUUCAAAAUAAAACCGGUCUCAAUUCUCAGGAUUCGAGAGGGCGUUUACCGUUGCAUUUUGCAUUCGCUGGCUCGCACGAAGAUAUCGCCGACGAAGCAUCAUCCACAAUCGAUCCCAUAGCGGUUGUUUCAAUUAUCGAACAGGCAAUGGAUAAGUCGAUGUUGGAUGUGGCGGAUAACGAUGGUAAUACGGCACUGCAUUAUGCUGCACGAUGUGGGGCGAACGUAUGUAUGGUGACGCUGCUUCGAUACGGUUGCAAUCCGAAUCAAGCCAAUAAGGCCGGCAACACACCGUUGUGUUAUGCCGUGCAAAAUAAUCAUGAAUCGUGCACACUCACGCUGAUUCAAGCCAAAAGUGACGUUGUUGUUCCGAUAACCACCCAGAAGGAACCACCCAGUCCGAUUGAUGAACCUUGGGUUUGGAUACCGAAUCGGCGAAAACCCAAAAAACCCACUCCAAAGACGAGUAUCACAAGUAUUGUGGUGCGUAACGAUUGGCAGGGAAUCAUCUACAUGAUUUUGGAUAUCCUCGGCAACAAUGAACGUACACUCGCAGAGUUGUUAACGGCUGCCUUACAGCAUCGCGCCUACAAUUUAGGGUUGGGAUUGUUGAGAAUGCUCACGAAAGCCAUUCAUGCCGAUGAAGAAAGGAGUGCUGCCAAACUGAAGACAGUGAACAGUUUGAAUAUAUUCGAAGUUUUUGUGAAGCAUAUCUCUGGUGGUACUUUGGACGGUAGCGUGAAAAAGGUUUUCGAUGAGCUUUUGUCAGCAGGUUUGAAGUGGUAUGCAGAGGAUGAGAAUGGAACAUUACGAAGUCGUGCCGUCGAGUAUUUGGCACAGCAUGGUUCUUUUGAGAUUUUGAACGCUCUCAAAGAAUGGGAUGCAAAACAUACGGAUUCUCAGAGUGCUCUCGUUCAUUUCACAUACGAUAACGACAAUCCACUUGUUGGUGUGAUUGAACAUUGGAUUCGAUUCGGUGAGCACGCAAACACUCUGAAUUCAGCUAACACUAAGCUUUCUUCUUUGCAUGGAUUCUUCGAAAUUGCAGGACCGUCAGAGGGUGCUAAAACGUGGCUACGUAUUUUCGCCGAUAAAUUUGGUGCGAACACUUUAAUGCGAUACGAACGUCCGGCUUUCGAUGGAUUAGUACCGUGGUUGGGCAAUCGUCCUGAGCCAGCCUUCACUCGUAUGACACCUCUAAUAAGGGCCAUACAAGCUAAAUGUGUCACUCUUGUAACAUUCUUAGUGCAGGAAAAGUUUUUGAAAACGAACUUGAAUCAGCCAGAUGAGAAUGGUUUAACACCACUGAUGCAUGCUUGUAUGGUGAAUGAUGAUCAGAUCGUACGCUUGUUGUUCAAUUCGAAAUGUUCAAUUAUCACGCAAUCAAAUGAUGCACCACCAGCUCAACAAACUCCUCAGCAAAACAUAUUCGACAUCAGUAAUCGGGUUUGA